AAAAAAAAUAAUAGAAGUGAGACGAAAUUCUGCAUAACAAUUUUCUUAUUCCUGUGUAAAUAAUCAACUUUAUAGAUAAUGAUUGAUAAAGGAUCUCACUCGAAUAAUCCCUUGGAACAAUUUGUAUUACUGGCAAAAUCAGCUAAGGGGGCUGCUUGUAAUGAAUUGAUCAAACAAGUCUUAGAAUCACCCGGAGUUUAUGUAUUCGGAGAAUUGUUAGAUAUGCCAAAUAUAGCAGAACUGAAGAAUGGACCUGAAGUGAAAGUUUACAACACCCUCAAUUUAUUUGCUUUUGGAACAUAUAGUCAGUACCUUACGAGUAAAUCUGAUUACUUGGAACUAACGCCUACUCAGAGAAAAAAACUACAACAUUUAACUUUAGUUACUUUAGCUACAAAAUCAAAGUGUUUGCACUAUGAUGUUCUUCUCAAGGAGUUAAAUAUAUCAAAUGUGAGAGACUUGGAGGAUUUAAUAAUUGAAGGGAUAUAUGCAGAUAUCAUUCGUGGAAAAUUGGACCAAAAAAACUCCCAGUUUGAAGUAGAUUUUGCUAUUGGCCGUGAUAUUCAAGCAGGCGAUAUAAAAGUGAUUGUAAAUUGCCUAAGGGACUGGUGUAAUGCAUGUGAAGGAGUGUUGAGUUGUGUGGAAACUCAAAUUCAAAGGGCUAAUGAAGAAAAGAACAGAAAUGUUCUUAGAAAGACGGACAUUGAACAAGAAAUUGUCAAUAUAAGAAAAACAUUGAAAACUCAGCUAUCAGAAAGACCAGAUGGUGUGGAUGAUGCAAUGAGUUCUGAUAAUAGAGAUUCAACUGUUUCUAGCGAUAAAGGCAAAAAGGCAAUGAAAAUCAAAGGGCUCAAAAUACUUCGUUGAGGCAACUUCAUCCGACUGGGCUCUUCAUCGAUUGAAGUAAUCUCUGUCCUGUGUGUAGUUUAUUAUGUAAUAAUUCUCCAAUUUGAAUUUCGAAAUAAACUUCUUUCUUGAAUAUA